AUGGAUUAUUGUCCUGAAUUGGGUGGAAUUGUUUCUGAUCUCUCUUUUUGGCAUUUGGCAAAUUUGGCUCGUGAUAGAGGUUCUCAUGAUGUGUUAACUACUUUUUUGGUAGUUGCUUGGGGACUAUGGAAUAGGAGAAACAAGUUUAUUUAUGAGGAUGUAUCCCUGAAUAUUAAUACUGCUGUUAAUAAUGCUUUGUCAUUAAAACAAGAGUAUACUAAGGUGCAGGUUUUUCAUGAGUUUGAUAAAAGGAUCAAUUAUGUUGUGUAUUGGCAUCUCCCUCCCAUAGGUUGUCUGAAAUUAAAUGUUGAUGGUGCUACAUUUAGUGACUCUUUUUCUGCUGGGGUUGGGGUUAUUUUGAGAGAUCAUAAUGGGGAUGUUGUGGUAGCUGCAAGUAAUGUGGAAAGGGAGGUUUCUUCAGCUGUAUUUAUUGAAGCCAUUGCUUUGUUGAGAGGCCUACAACUGUGUGUUCAGUGGGGGGUACCUAAAAUCAUAUUAGAAUCUGAUUCUUUGAUUCUUGUCAACUGUUUGAAUGAAAAUUCUGAGUGUCUAACGGAAUUUGAUUUCAUUUUACAAGAUAUUCGAAGGCUUAUGCAUGGGUUUGAAGAAACAAGACUUGAGCAUGUCCAUCGAUUGGGUAAUGGUGCUGCCCAUCAAUUGGCAAGAUAUGCAAAGGAAGUUGACGACAUUGUUAUGUGGUGGGAUUCAUGUCCUUCUUUUGUAAGUCAAGCUAUUUGGCUUGAUAAAAACUCUAUUUGUAAGGACUCUUUGAUAUGA